AUGAUCAGGCAGGCAUCGUCAAAAGCAGCGCUCAGGCGAGGUGCGAUGUUCGCAUGCACGAAGAAACAGGCCGCUGUCGGCACGGCUGUCGGCACGCUACGUCUUUACAGCGCCGCUGCGUCGCAGGCCGCGACCGGUGAAAGGCCGAAACCCGCUCCUAGCUUUAAUGCAGAGACACAAGCGAAGCCGGUGAAGGGCAAAUUGGCCGCUGAACGUGACAUUGCGUCGGCUGAAAUGGACGCUUCGUUCAUCGGACUCUCCGGUGGUCAAAUUUUCCACGAAAUGAUGAGACGUCACGACGUAGACACGGUGUUUGGAUACCCUGGUGGUGCGAUCUUGGCCGUGUACGACGCCAUUUACAACAGCAAAUACUUCAAUUUCGUGCUACCCAAGCACGAGCAAGGUGCCGGCCACAUGGCCGAGGGUUAUGCGCGCGCCAGCGGUAAGCCCGGUGUGGUGCUUGUCACGUCGGGGCCUGGUGCCACGAACGUUGUGACUCCCAUGGCCGACGCUCUUGCAGACGGCGUACCCAUGGUUGUUUUCACGGGUCAGGUGGCCACGUCUUCGAUCGGUACGGACGCUUUCCAAGAAGCAGAUGUGAUUGGUAUUUCGCGGUCUUGCACCAAAUGGAACGUGAUGGUCAAAACAAUUGAAGAGCUACCACGUCGUAUAAAUGAAGCCUUUGAGAUUGCCACCAGUGGUCGUCCAGGUCCUGUCUUGGUCGACCUGCCAAAAGAUGUCACUUCGGCCAUAUUGAGAUAUCCUAUCCCAGUCAAGUCCACUUUGCCCUCCGAUGCGCUUGCGCAGUUGACCAAGGGCGCCGUCGACGGUUUCACCAUGGCCAACAUCAACAGAUCUGCGGAAUUGAUCAACAUGGCCAAGAAGCCUUUGCUCUACGUCGGAGGUGGUAUCUUGAGCAGCGAAAAGGGUCCCAAGCUUUUGAAAGCACUCAGCGAGCGUGCGCAGAUCCCAGUCACGACCACAUUGCAAGGCUUGGGUGCGUUUGACCAAAGAGACCCCAAGUCGCUAGACAUGCUGGGUAUGCACGGAUCCGCCGUGGCCAAUUUGUCGGUUCAAAACGCAGACUUGAUCAUUGCACUGGGUGCAAGAUUCGACGACAGAGUGACAGGCAGUAUCGCCAAGUUUGCGCCAGAGGCCCGUCAAGCCGCCAUGGAAGACAGAGGCGGUAUCAUUCACUUUGAAAUCUCGCCCAAGAACAUCAACAAAGUCGUCGAAGCCCAAGUCGCGGUCGAAGGUGACGUUUCGUGCAAUUUGGAAAAAUUGAUUCCCUUGAUCAACCAGGUGCCGGAAAGACCAGAAUGGUUUAACAAGAUCAACGAAUGGAAAAAGGAGUAUCCUUACGAUUACCAAAGGGAAAGUCAUGGAUCCAAGAUCAAGCCUCAAACCGUCAUUGCUAGACUUUCCGAAAUCGCCAACGGUACCGGCAAGGACGUCAUUGUCACAACCGGUGUAGGUCAACAUCAAAUGUGGGCCGCUCAACACUGGCAAUGGCUGCACCCACGUACUUUCAUCACCUCCGGUGGGUUGGGUACGAUGGGUUUCGGUCUUCCAGCGGCCAUUGGUGCCCAGGUCGCUAAGCCUGACGCCAUUGUUAUCGACAUCGAUGGUGACGCCUCUUUCAACAUGACCUUGACCGAGCUUUCGAGUGCCGUCCAAGCCGGCGCUCCAAUCAAAGUCUUGAUUCUCAACAACGAAGAACAAGGUAUGGUUACACAAUGGCAAUCUCUUUUCUACGAGCACCGUUAUUCCCACACGCAUCAACUGAACCCAGAUUUCAUUAAACUCGCGGAUGCCAUGGGCGUCAAAGGUAUGAGAUUGUCGGAUCAAGCCGAUAUGGAGGCUACUCUGAAGGAGUUUGUCUCCUACGAAGGUCCUGUCUUGCUAGAGGUCCAUGUCGAGAAAAAAGUGCCCGUUCUACCAAUGGUGCCCGGUGGGAAGGGUCUGCAUGAAUUUAUCUUUUUCGACCCUGAAGUCGAAAAAGAACAAGCCGAAUUGCGUCGUCAACGCACGGGAGGCAGGCAUUAA